AUGGCGGCAACUGCAGUGGCCACAAGGCCCGCGCAGCUCGGCGAUGGCUCCCUCGAGAUCGAGAUCUCGCAGCCGGUGCCCUGCGUGGCAGGUUUUCUGGGCGAUCAGCUCCCUCCGGAGAGCGAGGUGCGCGUGCUCGCCGUCACUGGCAGCAGCUUUGGCAGCCGGACCGCAGCCAUCUCGGCCUUCCUCUCAGAGGCCUGCGGGGCCCCUACGCACCUGGAGGUCUUGGAAACCACACCGUCGCAGGUGGCCGUGCUGAAGGCAGAAGAGGGGGCGCCACACCUGGCGAUGCUCCUGGCGGAUUGCGACCGGCCCCAACCCCUCCCAGAAGAUGUCGCCGCUCUUGUUGUUCACCUGGUCCAACAUGACACAGGCGCUGAUUGGGAGGCCCUUGUUCCUGCCAUGCCCAACCAGAUCAACAAGGUCUCGCUGUGCUUGCUCUUCCCGGAGGACUUUACGCCGUUGGCUCGGAGCGAGAUUGCUGUGGCAGCCCUGGCAUUGGGCUUCCAAACAGUGUGCGCCCUGACGAUGGGCAGCACUUUCACCCGGGAUCUUGCAGAGCAAGUUGUGCUCGCACCGUCUGUGCCCUGGAAUGAAUUCGUACAGAGUUACAACGCCUCCCUCCAAGAGCCUGAUGCAGGUGCCGACAAGCUGCUCAGCAUGCAAGCGAAUGCGCAGGCCGCCGAGGCCGUUGCAGACUCGGCCGACUUGUAUGCCAGGCGGCUGGAUGCUUGUGUGAGCAAUCUCCCAUUGCCCAUGCAAGAUCUGGCAGAGCAUUCGAACCAUGCCUUGCGGGAGUCUCUGGCAAGGAUCCAAUCGCGCUUGGGCACGCUGAGCUGCCUCUCCGAGACGGAGUGCACUGCGCAUUUGCAGGAGUUCCUGCGCCGCAUCUCCAGGGACCGAGCUGGCUUGUGCAAGCUGAACAUGUCCAAGAGCGAGUCUCAGUGCCUCCUGGUGGCAGAGGAUUGCUGGAAGAGGGCUUUUGUGGGCUAUUCUGAUGAACAGCUCCAUAGCACUGUGGACUCUGACAGUGGAGGCAGGGUUGCUCUUGUUGCGCAGUUGGUGCAGCAGUUUGCGGAGCGAUACGAGAAGGAUCCGCGCGCGGUGGGCCCGGCCAAGUCCAACGCCUUGGAUCACUUCGUGAGGCAGAAGGCUCCCCUGAUCGAGGAGCUCGCCCGGCUGUCGCACGAAGAUGACCUCGCGCAGCAGGAGGAGAUGCGCGUGGCGCGUGCCAUCGCCGAAGCCUUUCGUGCUGAGGACAUGGCCAACAUGCUGACCUCGCUGCGUUUGCUGGAGCAAGUUCAGGCAGAGGAGCUUCUGCACGCGCAGGAGCUAGCCACUGUGUACCUUACGCGGGGCAACGAGGCCUUGGCGGAGCAGUUGCAAGUCUUCAGUGACGUGGGGCAAAGGGCUCAGCUUACGCAACAGCAGGCCGCUCAAGCUGCGGCGGAGAAGAACGUGGACGCCACGAGCCAGGCGUUCCAGGACUUACGGCGUGCCGGGAAGGAUUGCAGCAAUGAGCUGGAAAAGGAGGCUAAGGAGAUGGAGUCAAUGAGCAAGGGCCUGGAAGAGCUGGAUGCCAAGAUCAAGGAUUUGAACAAACCAGCCUGGUGGGAGGUGGCUCUGCAGUGGGUGGCUGUGGCCGGUUCUGCGAUUGCAGGUGUGGCGCUCUGCAUAGUGGGUGGGCCUGCUGGUGCGCUAGUGGGUGGAAUGCUUCUAUCGGCCGGCUUGAGUACGGGGAUGAAGAUGGCCUUCAAUGGAGGCUCUUUGGAGUGGAAGGAGUUCGGCAAGAGCGUGGGCGUCGGGCUGGCUACUGGCCUGGUGUCUGGCGGCAUUGGCCUUGGCAUUGGUGCUGCCAUGAGCUCGGCCACAACGGCCAUUGGCGUCACCUCAACUGCUGCAAAGGCUGCUGUGGUGGUUUCCCAUGCCGGGGCCUAUGCCGUUGGUGGCACUGUGAGCAGCAUGGCUGGCUGCGUCAUCGACAACCUGGCGAGCCAGCGGAAGUGGGAUGAGGGGCUCGGACAGGCUGCGGCUGCGGGCGCCGCAACCGGCUUCAUUUCUGGAGCCAUCGCUGGUGUGGGUGCCUGCAAAGAGGCCCUCGGCAGCGUUGAAAAGGCCCGGCAGGCUGCCAAUACCACAGCGGAUCAGAUCGGGGAGCGUGCAGCUUCUGUACAGCCCUCAAGCUUGAAGGCUCUCCAGGAUGCUGGUCGGGCGUUCGGUGAAUCCACCCUCACAGGCACGGUGGAUGGGCUCCUGUCCGCUGCCUUUGAUGACAACGUCAAGCUCGGUGAUGCUGUUGUGAUGGGCCUCAUCGGUGGUUGUGUUUCUGGGGCCGCCGGAGCCGCGAUCGCAGCAGGUCGCGUCAAGUGGGAAGCCCACAGGCAGAGCAAGGUCGUCGACCAGCUGAAAGAGCUGGAGCACGACCACUCCUACCUGCAUCAUUCCGCCACCAUCACUGAAGAGGAGCAGAUUGCUCGCAUUACCACUGGCCUGCAAGGAAGCGCCACGACUGAGACAUCCGGAGUCUUCCACGAUGCUGAUGCGUUGAAGAAGGUGACGCAGCAAUCCAGCGAGGCGGUGCAAAAGAAGGGCUUGCAACUCUGUAAGGACGUCAGUGCAAGCAAGGAGCAGCUCGCGAACUUGACCGCUGAGUUGAAGAACCUCCAAGCCACAACCGACCAGAUUCAGGCCCAGCUUAAAGGCAACUUGCCAAAAGAGCAAAGGCAGGCGCUGGGGAAACGGCUGUCAGAGCUGAAGACGCAGCGAGCGGCGCUGUACCCUCAGAUAGAAACAGCCCAGGCCGGUGCUAACCUUGGGAUUGUGAAAGACCGGGUCGUCAUUGGCCAGCCGAAAGGUGGGGGAAGCUGGGGCACCAGCCUGAAGAACGACAACGGGGUGAUCAAGGAGCUUCCUAAUUGCCAGGCGGCGGCCAUCAAUGCAAAGUAUGAGCUGCACGAGGUUGCCGGCAAAGUGGAGGUGAAGUCGACCAAGAUCGUCUCGGUGUUCCCGGUCGCCGCCCCCGGGCAGGAGCACAUGGCAAGGGGGCUCAAGCUGAAGCCCUUAAGUACGGCCAAGUAUCAGGUGGCUGUGCGGCAGGCUGCCCGCGACAUCAUCCAGGUGCAAGCGGGGAACAUGCCAGCAGGUUGGGAGACAGCUGUGACCUCCGACGGCGAGCGUUACUACUUCAACCGAAAGCUUGGGCUUACACAGUGGGAUCAUCCAUACUUGUAG